AUGGUUCCCGCUGAUCAAACAGACGAAUCUUCUGCUCUGCUGUCAGCGCGUCUUCUGGCCUUCACACCAGACUCUACAGGCCUGAUUUCUCUGGUUACUGGUACACAACAGAUUGCCUACCUUGACCUUCAGACGGGCUGUGAACGUUGGAGCUUCACUCCCAGUGCUGACUCCAGUCUCUGCGCGCCACGCCCUGUCGCAGUCGCCCUUCGCACACCUACGGUACCGACGUCGUCCUGCCCCGUCCGUCUAGAUCUGCGUCUUUCUAUCCUGUACACCAACAGUCAGCUGGUUGAGUGGCAAGUACCCAUCAGUGUUGAACCUUGUUCAGAAUCUGGGACCGGUAAGUUCAAGGUGUCAGUGAAGGAACACCCUGUGCAGGAUCCCUGGCUACUUGAGUUCUGGGCCAGCGUGGGCAAGGAGUGGAAUCGGCGGCUGCCGCCUUUUCACUCGAUGGACUACCUGGGACCGUCAGGAGACUGUUGGAUUCUUGUAUCUGCUGGGUUUGUGGUGUAUCUGGACCGCACAAAGCCAUAUAAGGCCACAGAUGUUAAAGCCGCCGUGCGAAGGCAGAAUAAGGAGGGAAGGGACCUAUGCCUGAGGGUGUCCGCAAACUUCCAGACAGCAAUUCAGGCGACUGUGUUGCCCGACCGUGUGGCUAUUAUGCAAAUCGACACGCCCGAAAUCUUGCUCAAACUACCUGCCCCUCUCCACAAGAAACGCUUUGGAACAUAG